AUGUCGAGCAAUUUCGCAGACAGCAAUUUGCCCCGUUUUCAGGGACAAGCCACCGAGACGCCGGCAACUGUGUCCGAAAAUAUGCUGGAUCUGAUAUCUUCUUCCGGUCGUGAGAUUGACGUAUUUCGCGAAGGCGUAAGUGGCAAUCUCCAACUGCUCUCAUCUAGAAAUAAAACGCCCCUUUACUUCGUCUGUUGCUCGAUCUUCCACCCCAACCGCCCAGAUGUGACCUUGUACACUGGAAACGACAGAAAAGGCAAGGUGAUUGGGGUAUGCAGCAAUACAAGGUUUUCCGACUCCAUUACCGUGGGCCGUGGAAAUCCGGCACACCCAAAUAGCAUGGAAUGGGAAGAAGUCGUUAAGGUCUCGCGUGACCAUAGCUCGUACAAAUUUUCUAUUUGGUCGCGAGCAGCAGAGCGACGGUCAUACUCAUGGAAGCGGACGCAAGAUUCAAACAUGAAGGGUAUCAAAUCGUCAAAGCUCGAUAGACGCAGCUGGAAACUUGAAGAUGAUAUGUCGGGAGAGGUGGUGGCAGUAUUUGCAGCAAACGGGAUCCAGAAGAGUUUUAAGAAGGUGGGAAAACUUCGAUUUUUAGUUGGUGAGGAGAAGGUAUCGGGGGAGUGGAUUUUACUGACGUGGAUCAGCUUGUAUGAGAAUGCCAGACGCAGGGCUCUUGCUAGGAGGGACCUAACUUGGUUUUUUUAA